CCAGAGCUUAAUGCGACUCCUCCUUUCUUGCUGUGGGGAGGAAACUACAUGAACAGCUGUGAAGACAUUAGGAGAAUUAAAUUCAUAGGCACGGGUUUGGAGAACCAUCAGGCCUUCUUAUGAGCUAUAAUACAGAUAAACCACAUUUCUCUGAAAAAGGAAUUAAGUAAUCAAUCUAUAAAGGGGACAGCCGGGGUGACUGCUGAAGAUUGCUGGCAAUUUUACAAAGCAGCAGGUAACGAGGGACACGAUCUGGCAUUAGAGAAAGCAUGGCUUUUACUAUGCUCCGAUCCAUGCCUACGCAUGUGAUUUACCCGGAUCUGAGUAUGAUGUCUGAGGAUGAAGAGAACAGGAGCGAGAGUGACACUUCUGAUCAAUCGUUUGACUGCUAUGAAACGUCGGCUAAGAAGAUAAAGGUUCCCCGGACGACAGGACAGGUGGUGGUAGUGAAGCAGAGGCAAGCAGCUAACGCUAGGGAAAGAGAUCGGACACAAAGCGUCAACACUGCGUUUACUGCCCUGCGCACACUGAUACCCACCGAGCCAGUGGAUAGGAAACUCUCCAAGAUAGAGACUCUGCGCUUAGCAUCCAGCUACAUCUCCCAUCUGGCUAAUGUACUUCUACUAGGGGAGGGCUGUGAGGAUGGACAGCCGUGUUUCAGUACAGUCUACAGACCCAGGGAUGAAGCUGACGGCAAACUUCCACGCAGCAUCUGCACCUUCUGUCUCAGCAAUCAGAGAAAGGGGGCCACAAGAAGGGAACACACUGGGAACUGUCUCAAAGUAAGAGGACUGAACACGCUACGUAUUCCACAGAGAUGAUCUGCAAGUUUCUCCAGCUUGGAGGUUGGACUGAAAGAUUAUAGGGCCCAAUACAUUUAUUUUUAUACAAAACAGAAGAUGACUGUGAAGCCCAACAGGUGACGAAAAGAAGUUUCUACAAUUGCCAGCCGGAGCUAUUCAUUUAUCCCUGGAUCCCGGUGUGCACAGGAAGAUCUGAGCAAGUUCUGUCAAUGCUGUGUACAUCUGGUGACUAUGGGGAAGGGGAAAUUCACUGUGAUAAUGGUCUGGACCUUUUAUCUCAUUCAAGACAAGACUUUUGGGCCAAGGACCCUUAGACCAGAACUGUUUCAACUAAAUAUUUGUACAUAUUCAGUAAAUUUAUAGAUUUUAAUUAAAAUAACAUUAUUGUCA